AUGGUGGCAUUUUUGGUGGACACAGUCACACGAAAUAUAGCUAUAGAUAUUACAGAAGUCAUCAUGGGUUCAGCAUUAGUCAUAGCAGAUUUUCUUAUCAUGGUGUUUCUAGCUUAUAUGGUGGCAUUUUUGGUGGACACAGUCACACGAAAUAUAGCUAUAGAUAUUACAGAAGUCAUCAUGGGUUCAGCAUUAGUCAUAGCAGAUUUUCUUAUCAUGGUGUUUGUAAGUUCAUACCAACUGAAAUGUAGCAGCACCCGAUUCUACAGAUUUUGGAGUAAUUGCUAUGAUCACUAUCAUAGUGUAGGAACCUGUUUUGGACGACUUAGAAGACAACAUCUGUUCUAUAGAUAUGUCGGAGGUAGCUCAUAUGGUGGCAGUUUUGGUGGACAUAGUCUCACGAAAUAUAGCUAUAGCUAUUACAGAAGUCAUCAUGGUUUCAGCAUUAGACAUAACCGAUUUUUGUAUCAUGGAGUUUCAUACCGACUGAAGUGUAGCAGCACCCGGUUCUACAGACUUUGGAGUAAUUGCUAUGAUCAUUAUCAUAGUGUAGGAACCUGUUUUGGACGACUUAGAAGACAACAUCUGUUCUAUAGAUACGUAGGAGGUAGCUCAUAUGGUGGCAUUUUUGGUGGACACAGUGUCACGAAAUACAGCUAUAGCUAUUACAGAAGUCAUCAUGGUUUUAGCAUUAGACAUAACAGAUUUUCUUAUCAUGGAGUUUCAUACAGUCUGAAGUGUAGCAGCACCCGGUUCUACAGACUUUGGAGUAAUUGCUAUGAUCAUUAUCAUAGUGUAGGAACCUGUUUUGGACGACUCAGAAGACAACAUCUGUUCUAUAGAUACGGUGCAGGUAGCUUAUAUGGUGGCGUAUUUGGAGUACAUGGUCGCAGGAAAUACAGCUAUGGUUAUUUCAAAAGCCAUUUUGGAUUCCAAAUCAGACAUAACAGAUUUUUGUAUCAUGGAAUUUCAUACCGACUAAAGUGUAGCAGCACCCGAUUCUACAGACUUUGGAGUAACUGCUAUGAUCAUUAUCAUAGUGUAGGAACCUGUUUUGGACGACUUAGAAGACAACAUCUGUUCUAUAAAUACGUUGCAGGUAGUUCAUAUGGUGGUAUUGUUGGUGGAUACGGUCACGGGAGAUAUAGUUAUAGCUAUUACAGAAGUCAUCAUGGAUUCAGCAUCAGACACAACAGAUUUUUGUAUCAUGGAAUUUUUCAACAUGCCAUCGGACUAAAUUUGUUACGUAGACACAGCCAUAUUGCCAAUCAACAUGUGACCAGAAUUAAUCAUGAAGCUAACAAACAUGUUGCAAGGAUAUCACACGUAUCUAAUAAACAUGAACGUAAUAUUGCUUCCCAGGCAGUAAAACAUGUUCACAGAAUUGCAAGCGUGGCCAAUAAACACAUAAAUAGAUUCAAAGCACUUGUAGAUUUCCAUAUAAAUAGACUUCACAAUCACACAAAACAUCACCUUACAACUCUUGAACACCAACAUAAAAGACAUUUACAUGACCGCGAGUAUCAGAACAAAAAGCAUGAGUUGAAGGUCGACUACUUGCACGGAAAACACGAACAUACCAUCAAUAAACUACAUGCCUACCAUGGUAUAUUUGGUGUCGGACACUUAGUGAGUUACUUGGAUUACUACAAGAAAUACCAUGGAUUCAAAAUCAGUCAUAACAGAUUUUCAUACGGUGGAAAAGGUAAGCAAGUUUCGAAGUUUAAGGAGAUAACUAUAGUUUUGUAA